AGCUCCAGUUCAUCUAUUACAUUCAUUUCCAAGUAUUAGUAUUUUUUUAUUGACUUUUCCUCUAGGAAUGGUAUGGAAUGAAUCUUGACACAAUAGUGUCAGAAUCUUAGGUGGAAGUUUUGACCUGGAGAAAGAUUCUUACAUUAGGAGAUACUCAGUCCCACGUUUGUCUUAACUUUCAAUGCUUUACGUGACAUAGCUAAAUACAGGUUGCCCUUUCUUGCCAUCCUUUAAUGUGGGAGAAGUAUAUCUAGUGACUGUAUAAUUUUUUUAAACAAUUUUGAACUCCAACUUUUGUGCUUAUUCUCUAUGCAUUGGCCUCUAUUCUAGUUUACUCUAUUCUAAAAACCAGCAUUUAUGGUACAACAACUGCUUCAAAGUGAAAUUGCUAGACUUAUUGCUAUCUUGCUGGUAAUGCUCUGACUGCGGAUAUUUAUUUGGGGAAUUACAAUGUGUUGCCGAGUAUCCAGCUAUUACAGACAGUUAGAAGUCUUUUAAUCAAAUCAAGCAAAUAUGAUGCAGGUAAGCCCCAGUUGAAAUCCUAAGGGACAUGUGGAUGAACUGUAUAAUCCCAAUAAGUGACCCUCAAAGACCGAUGCCAAAACUUUUGCCAAUUCAUUUUUUGUGGCUUCACAAAUAUUUCAGGCUCCACACAUCCAUGGCUCACACCAUCUUACUACCACCCAUUCCCACUCCCAUUUACAGGCCCAUAUAGAUGUGUAAUUUAUAUUCACAUAUAUUAAUCUCUUUAGAAUUAGGGUUUCAACCUAGUGGCAUAUGGGUAUUGAUUACUUUCAUGAAGAUUUCUUAAAAAAAAAUGAAGUGCAUUGGAAAAUUGAUCAAAUCCAGCAUGUGUCAGACAGCAACCUGAAGAAGGGUCACUGAUCUGAAACAUUGACUCUGCUUUCUCUCCACAGAUGCUUCCAGACCUGCUGAGCUUCUCCAGCAAUUUAUGAUUUUGUGUCCUUAUAUUCAAUUUCAACAAGAACAUGUGCAAAAUGGAACCACAGUUUCUCAAUCGAUGGUCUUUUUUUUUACCCAAGCGAAAUAAUCAGUUCCUGGCCCUUCUAAACCAAACACAAGAUAAAAGAAUCUGCAAGUAUUUGCCAAACUGCAUAGAAAUAUUAGCCAAUUGUGAGGCCUCAAGUACCCACCAUGUCUGUACGCCAGUCCACUUUCCAGCUGAUGACAUUUUUGCUGCUGAUUCGAAACAUGGACUGCAUUAAGUAUAAUAAAUAUUCAGCAUCUAGACCAGGGCAAAGUAAGAAAAGAUACCCAGCUUCAGCAUCAAAGUCAACAAAGGAACACAUUGAAGAUCAGGCACCUUGGACAGAUAGGUUAUUGCAAUGUGGCUACCAGAAUCAUAGCUUCACCCCUGAAGAAAGAUCAGAGGGAAUGCUCCUUAUGAAAAUGAUCGAAUGGCCAAAACCCCCCAACUCUGCUGUGCCCUUUCAGAAAAGCAGCAACCCAGCACGUGUUCGCUUUGUAAUUUUAAAUUCUGCAAAGAUUUUCUAUGUGGGAGAUCAGUUACAAGUGAUGCUGCAGAUGAGAGAUUUUGAUGGUCACCCAAAGCAAUAUGGAGGUGACUAUCUCCAAGCUCGGAUCCACACCCCAGCUUUAAAAGCUGGUUCAGCAGGAACUGUUAUAGACAAUGAAAAUGGAAUUUAUCGUAUCAAUUUUAAAUUACUUUGGCCAGGGAAAGUUAAAGCUUUUGUUUUGUUGGUUCAUCCCAGUGAAGGGAUCCAAGCACUUAAAAGACUACGUGAGAAACAGCCAGAGAGAGCAUAUUUUCAAAGUACUUUCAAAUCAGGAAAUGCCUCCGAGGCUACUGUGUGUAAUCUUUGUUUGCCUCAAUCUCAACCAUUCUGUAACUUUACUGACCCCAAGACUGGGGAGCCCUGGUUCUGUGACAAACCAAAGAAGCUUCCCUGCUCUGCUCGCUUCACCCACACAAUGGGAGAGUAUCAGCAAGAUCUCUUUGUAGGAGAAGAAGAACGUUACUUCCAAAGUAAAGUAAACAUCAAAAAGCCCAUACUGCCCAAAGGUCGAAGUUAUGUCAUUGUACGUCCUUCACCUACACCAGGUGUAAGCCUUGGAAAAUGUGUGCCUGGCAAGCCUUUGCUUUCACCAUCUGGAUUUUAUUUUCAAGACAAAUGGACAUCGACAAGCUGUAAUGUUCGGAGCUUCAAUUCUCCUGCCAGUGUCACAAACUGUCUUCGUGGGAAAACUGUUCAUAUUUUUGGAGAUUCCACAAUACGCCAGUGGUUUGAUUAUUUGAUACGAUUUGUACCAGGUCUUAGAACUGUGAAAGCUGCUAAUAAUACACUUAUCAACUCUCAAUUUGCUGAGGAGAAAGUAAACAAAAUUGGUAUGGAAUAUUAUUCCCAUGGCAUACCAAUCCGAAUCUCCCCUACUUUGAGUCAGGACCUGCCAUUCAUCGCAAACAAACUGGAUGAGAUUAAAGGUGGAAAGAACACUGUUAUAGCCUUCACCAUUUGGUGUCAUUUCAACACUUUCCCAGUUGAACCAUACAUCCGCAGGCUCCAGAACAUCCGCAGGUCAAUUCUACGAUUGCUGGAAAGGAGCCCAGAUACACUGGUUGUAAUAAAGACUGCCAAUGUCCAGGCCAUUUCACAGGAGAUCAGCCUCCAGAGCAGUGACUGGUAUUCCUAUCAACUUGACUUAGUGAUGAGAAAGAUGUUUGAGGGCAUCAAUGUGGCGUUUGUGGAUGCCUGGGAGAUGACGAUAGCACAUUACUUGCCUCAUAAAAUACAUUCCCAGCAAGUCAUUAUAAAGAAUGAAGUAGAUGUGUUUCUUUCAUAUGUGUGUCCUUUGUAAAAGGGUUAUACACUGUUUUAAAUAUGUUCCAAUUGCAGUUUGCAAUCUUCAAAUUAAUGUUGAAAAUACCAUGAAAAUUAACAAUGCCAUUAGAGCUCCAAGAUUUAUUUAAUCCUCUUUAAUUCAUGUGGACAGCAGUUAUUUUCACAGUCAUCCACUAAACAUUUAAAAAUCCCAAGGAAGAAAUGUCAAAUCUAACACUCAGAGGCACUCAGAGGUAUACUCGCUAACAUUAACAUAUCAGCCCGGGGUUUUGGUGCACCCUCUUUGUUUCUGGCUAUGCAGGCUUCCAUCACAGUACCAGAA